GGUAGCCAAAGGAUCGCUGUAGUUUAGUUACUGAACAAUGAAAGAUGCAUAGAGAUUUUCUGGGAUUUGGCUGUCAUAUUUAUUUUUAAUAACCAGCUAAGAGACAGUUGAAUGUCUAAAUUAUGCCCUCUCUUGUAGGGGAGGUUCUGAUGUGGCGAGACGGCAAAGAAAAUUUGCUGAUCGCGUAACGGAGCAUGAUUGUAAAAUGGCUGAAUUUGGAAAUCAACCGUCGGGUUUUAAUCUGCCAGGGAGGCAAGGAUGUUUGUCGGAUCAGGAAAGUUCUUCGGAGAUUUCCUCAGGAGUUGAUUUACAAGAGCGUUUACGAAAGGAGAAGUCAUUUCGCAAACAGACGGACGAAGUAUACCAACGUCUUCAGGACGACUACGAUGAACUUCUAAAGAAAUAUGCACAGGCCGAGAAUACCAUAGACCAGCUGCGAAUAGGAGCAAAACUUAACUUGUAUAGCGACUUACCUCCACCACAACAAAGCUCGUUUGUAAAUGUAACAGUUCACAAACAACCUGGUACGUUUAGAUUUCCGAGAAGUAGCCGUGCUGUGUUGAGCGAAGGCGGCUCUGCGAACGAAGAGACAUCUCGCGGGGUUGAUGCCGGGACGCAAAAUGGCAACCAAUCGAUUUAUGCGCCAAACGCCGGUUCACAUCCUUCGCUCUCUGAUGGCGUGAGAUUAAGAACAGCUUUGUCGUCUAAAGUUGAACAUUUUCAGGAAGAUGUAGAUGCUUUACAAGAUCAUGUUAUGCAGGGACAAUGGGCUGAACCUGAAAUAGAAGAACUGCGGAGUAUGUGUGAGCAAUUGAAAGCACAAAGUGAGAAUUUAAAACGUGAAUUGGCUCAGAUCAGACGGUUGGAAAGUGGCGGAGAUCCUGAAACAUUUGAAGAUGAAAGGUGAGUGAAAAUGAAGAUAAAUUUGACGUUCUUGGUGAAGGUCAAAGAUGUUGAUUGUGAUUAUAUUUAGGCCCGGAAAUUGUGUUUGUAUAGAUGUAUUUUUGUCAACACAAAGUUUGUCGCAAUACAGAUCUCCUCUGUUACAAGUAGCAAGUUUACGUUCUUAUAUUGAGCACAAAAUUUACAAUCGCCUUGAAAGAAGGCGAAUUUUUCGACAGUAUUCAGGGCUGUUUAGACGUGAUAAUUACGUUAACUUUUCUCCUUUAUUUAACAGACAUUUUGUACACUUUCAAUAAAUGAGCUUAUUUAACUAGGUCUUCGACUUAAGCUUUGUCCAAAGUUAAACGAAACUGCUUAAUGAUUAAUGAUAAACGCUCUGAAUUUUAAAACGAUCAACUCGCGAUAAGAAAAAAAGAAAAAUGUUUUCCAGCUGAUUCAUUAUUAUGAUUCAUUGUUUCCUUUUACAAAACUGAAAAGUUUUUCUUUCAAUCCCACUUGUAGAUUUGAAAUAGCCUAACACCUUUGGUAUGCUUUGUAAAAACACAAAACAUUGUUUAGGUUGAAAUGACUGCAGGUGGACUGUAAACUUUGUGAUCCCAUUCUUUUGGUUUAACAUUAUUCAUUCGCUUUUAUAAUGACACCUAGGUUUUGGUUGAUUUGAAAAUUAAUAUAUCAUGCCCAAAGAUAUUUAGGAAUUUUCCUGAAAGGUUUUAGUACAGGAUGCUCCCAGCAGGAUCACAAAGCUAUGAUUUUUUAAUUGUUGAAAUUUUGGAAACGAUAACAGUAGUGUGUACAUUUUUUUCAACAAAUAAUCAAUGUUCCCGUUGACUUGGAAAUAUAGGUAGUGAAAUGGCAUUCACUGGAUAGGCCAUGACACUUUUAAUGUAUCUUUAAAGGUGUUGGUUUCUAAAAUAAGACUGGUGUAGUUUGAAGUUGUGGUAUGAAACUUGUAAUUUUGUCAACCAUGCUUGAUUAAGUAGAAUGCUUAAGCCUACAGUUGGGACUUGAGUAAAACAAUAAUUGUCAAAAAGCUUUUAAAAAGGCAAAACAUGUGUGAAUUUUUCUCAGAAUUAUUUAUAUUUGGAUGUGCAAUAUAUACGUGAUGUCUUUGAAAAGGUUGAUGGCAUAAUUAUUAUUGGUGUUUUUCAGCCAUCAUUAUGGAUUAAUCAUCUUUUAAGGUCAUUUCCCAAAACAGCAUUUCCCCCUUUGCUCAAAGCAAACUGCUCUUACUUUUCAGUUGACUUAUGACAACUUUAUGCUUUAAGCACCACCAUGGGAUUCCUCAGUUGUAUUAGAAUGGGCUGACAUAUCUAAACUGGUUUCAUCAAUUUUGGUCAUUUCCUAAACCUAUAUCCAUUCAAUAGACAUUUUGAUCAUUCACCAAUUUUGGUUAUUUUGGGGCUGGUGCACCAUAUACCAAGUGAAUAGCAAGACUCAAGUUACAUCACAAAGAACACAACAAUGAUAUCUAGCCCUUACACAAUAGCACAAUAGAACAACACAAUAGUGCUUUUAUUGACUUGGUAUAUCGAGCAUCACCCCUUUUUGGCGGAAUACAAAAUUAGUGACAAUUUGGGAAAAAAUAAUUAGUAUAACAGACCCACCACAACACCAGACAGUGCUGUGAAACAGCCACAAAAUACACAUCGUUCUCUUAUACUGUAAGUUUAUUAUCAGUGGUUGCUGAUCAAUGAUUCAAACCAUCGUGCUUUGACUGAGUCAACUGAUUUGACCAGGGAUACCUGGUGGUGGUUCUUGGGAGCAUUCACCCUAAAACAAGGGGUGUUUAACUCUGCAUAUUUCAUUGUAUAUGUAUUGUAUCAUUGCAAAAAAUAUUAUCAUGUUCAUGAAGUCUUUUGCCAGUUAAGGCAGCGUGCAAAGAAAGUCGUGUCCGAUAGCCCAGGGCUAGUGGAUUUUACUAUUGGGCUAGUGAAUUUUGUUCUUAAUUUGCCUGCCUGGCAAGUGAAAUUUUUUAAGGAAUUCUAAUCACAAAAGAACUGUUAUCAACCCUGCUCACCAUCGGGCUAGUUAAAAUGACUUUUGGGCUAUACAUGCUAACUACAGCUUGCCGGAAUGGCAAGUUGUAAUACUGACUUUCUUUGCACCCUGGAACAUGGCAUAUGCUGUACCAAAUUUUAAUUAAUGUGCUUUUUUGUCAGUUAUUAGUGUUAGUCAACUGAUGGUCAUGUGGCUCAGGGUUUUAGUAUGGUAAUGUGGUGGGGUUACUUUGGUUUUGGUCAAAAGAAGGCAGAAAUUAGAACCCUUUCCUGUCUGGGGCUAGAAAAAAUCCUGUGAGGAAAUUAAACCCCAGAAGAUAUCAAAAGAUGAUACUGAUUAUUUUUAGAAGAGUGAUGAACAGCACAAAAAUGUUUCCUUUGACGUGCCAAGUCUAAUUAUUUUGUGAGUCACAGUGAUACAUAAAAGAUUUUAGCAUAACUAAGUUAGAAAAUUCUAAUUGCAACAACCAAAACUUUAAUGUUCAUUACUCAUAAAAAAAUUAAACAUAGGCCUUUUUUUUAUUUUGCAUCUUUUAACUAUAGAAAAUUAAUGUCAAAAUGAGAUAAAGUGUAAACCCAAGCAAAAAUGGACAUAAGUUGUUUGCAUGAGGGCCCCUUUGCCUUUUUGUGAAAGCAACAUGACUUGCAAGUAUAAAGACCUUUUUGACAUCUCACUUUACACUUAUUACAACAGUAAUCUGUGAUGGAUGGCUCACCACUUUGAGUGGAGUCAUAAUAAAAUGUAGCUUGUUCACAUGCAAUGUUUUUGAAAAGAAACCUUUGCUUUAUGUAGUUGUAUGUUUACAUGCACAUUGAUGUGUUUUCUUUGUCUUGAAGUUACUCUAUUUUACUCUACUUUGUUCAUAGUCCAAUUUGAGUAGUUGCAUUGUAAUACAACUGAAGUCCUUAAUAAGAUUCAAAGUUAAAUUCCAGCAUUCAACUCACUCCUUUUUAUUCACACAUUUUAAUUUGAACAUUAGGAAAACCAGGAUGUGCUGAUGAAAGCAUACUUUACCAAGGAAAGUAACCAAAAAAUAAAAUAAAAAAUUAAGGAUUAGAAGCAAGAGGGGAUUUGUGACACUUAUUAUUAUGCUCAGCUCUUGGUGGAGACUAUUCCAAGUCAGUUUUUUUGAAAAAGUGAUAAGGUGUUGUUCUAAUAAUAAUAAAAAAAUAUUUUUAUUAUUCCUUUGCAGUUUUACUGGUGAUUUUUUGCCUGAAGAUAGCAUUAAUGGACAGGUGGGUAAAUUAAUCAACUAUUUUGUAUUAUUAUUAUUUUCUUUCCAAAGCUUUUAGACCUUCUGUGGCAAAGUUAUCUGGACUUAUGCAAGGCUCAUUGGCACAUAAGACAUCUUUAAAGUUUUGUUUUUGUUUUUUUGCUAUGAAAUCUCUUUUAUUGUUAGGAGUUUGUUUCCUAAUUAAGCUAUACGUGUUAAGUGGUAUUGAACCAGAAAAUUCUUCUGAUCCAGCACCUUUCAAAACAACGACAGAUGUGGCACUGGCAAAGACAGAAAACCAGAUGGAGAACUAGACAAACAAAUGUACUGAAAUGCAUAUGCAACUAUCCUGCAUAGCAAGUGGUUUUCUUGUGUUUUUGUUUUUUGUUCAUGACUCAAUCUUCUUUCUCUUGCCGGCUCCCAAUCGUUUUUUUGUGUAACUUCUCACUUUAUGAAACAUCAAUGAAAAAAAUGUCUGCUUUGCACAAUAAUAGUCAAGUGGUAACAUUUAAGGAGAAAAACACUGGCUUGCAUGUACAGGGGCGGAUCUAGGGGGAGGGUGCAGGGGUUGUGCACCCCCCCCCCCCCUGAGAUGACCUGAGGUUUUCUAAUACAACUGGUAUUCUGUGGAAAAAAAACUAUGUGGUUUAUUGGUGUUGAAGUAGAGCAAGAGACGAGUGCACCCCCUCCUGAAAAAAAUCCUGGAUCCGCCCCUGAUGUAUUUGUCAGAUAUACAUUUUCAUAUGUGCUUUGUCCUUGCAGUUAUAUCGAUGUGGGCUGAGACUUGAGGAAAUAUCAGACCAACUGGGAAGUGCAACUCCAACCAACAGGGUACCCAACCAUGAGGGAAGGAGGAACAGUUAUAGUGAAGUGUUAAACAGGUUAAGCAACAUUCCUGUUCUUUGCCUAUGUAGAGUUUCCUUGCUUUCACGGUCAAACUUUGUGUCUGGCAGUGUGGUUUUUACUUACAUGUACAAGACCAUAGUUGAUAUUACAUUUUGAGGCAGCAUUAUUACUUACUUACCAGCCCAAGGAUUUCAAAUCCCAUGGAUGUAUAAAAAGUCCAUUAAUUUCCUUUUGAUUUUGUUGUAACAUACAAAAUAAAGAGAAAUGUGGAAUCAAGUCGGUAUAACAUCCUCAGUAAGACUAGCAGUAUCCACUGUUAGAGCAAUCAGAUAAGCUACAUGUUUAAUACCCAUAAUAUAUUAUUUAUAUUUUUUUUAUAGACCUAGAGAUGGCUAUCCACAAGCAGUGGCUGAAAACCAUGGACAUGAACCUGAGUUACAGAACUUAAUGCAGGUAACUGAUAUGAUGAAAGAAUGAAGAUUCAGCUUUAGGCACAUGAUGUUAUAGGAAAAUUAAAACAAGCCUGCAGAUAACAGCAGACGUCGCUGAUGAAGGGAUCCAAUUGGGUUCCAAAAGCUCUGUGUAACUUUCAAGAAAUUGUUGACCCUCCCUAUUGUUGGUGGUGAAAAAAAUUUCUCUGUAACUAAUUUGAUGUUUCAUGUUUGUAAACACAUGAUACAUUGCUCUGAAAAGAGUUAUAGUGGUGUUUUCUUUUAGUGAGCUUUGACAUGCGCUCUCACUUAAAAAAAGCACUGUUUAUUUUUUAACAACACAAGGCAAUCUACAGAUUUAGCCAGGCUAAAAGCGAAGCACCUGUUUAUGCAUUUUAAAUUUACUACAGACAAUGUAAUUUAAACUAUUGAAAAGACUACAAAUCCAUGAUUAACUUUACGUGAAAACCAUCUGACUGAAAAACUUAAACUUAAGUCUGCGAUCAAUAUUUAAAAGUUAACAUUUGUCUGUGGAAAACUUCAAAAAAAUGUGUGACCUCAAUGAGUUGGCACCUGAGCCUGCAAUAGAGUCAUGUUACACUGGUCAACGGAUACUCUGUUUUGACACCUGUCAAUUGACCAUAAUAUGGUUGUCUAUUAUAAGGUUAACAAAUAGAUUCCAUGUUAGAGCAUUUUCACAUGACAUCACGGCGGCCGUAUUGGUGUUCCAAAACAAUAAAACAGCCGCCAUGUUGGUGUACCCAGAAAAUCCUCUGGUAGUUGAACUCUUUUCUUUCUUUUGUUCCAGUAGCAUAGAUUCUGGCCAAGUGAGUGAAAACGCUCUUUAGAUCACAGAUAACAUCAAAAGAGUUGAAAAAAUUCUGAUUACAAGGACUAGCGCUUCCUAUUAGUAUAAUAAUAAUAACAACGAAUAAUUGGGUUAUGGAAACUUGGAAACAAAUGACAAGUGUGACUUCUGCCCCUUGAAAAAGCCUGUAGCUGCUUAAUGAAAUGUGUAAAAACUCUACAUUUAAUGUAGAGUUUUUUUUGGGAGUGCAAAUGUGUUUUUUUUAAGGCGGCAGUUAGUAUGUAAUGGCUGUUCUCUUUUGAGAAAGUUUGUUAUGAGAGCUUUGCCUUUACAAUACACAAAUAAAUUUGUACAGAAACUUCCUGGUGGAUGUCAGAAUUGCUGGUAACUUAAGUUACUCACCUUCCAAGCAAUCCAUAGCUUCCAGGGAACUGUUCGAUGUAAACGUUAAUUACGUUAUGUCGGCUACGUUGUUUCAGAUUUUCUUACAUAUAGAUUACUGAAGUAGAUAUGCAAUACCCCAUGGUGACCUCGUUUUAUUUUCUUUGUCCCCUUUCUAUUCAACAUUUUAAUAGAUUUGUUUAUUUUCCCCUUUUUCAGAGGCUCAGAAAUAUCAAAGAAGCCAGCCGGAAUGAUUUAACAAGGUAAAUUCUAUGCAAGGCAAAUUUUAUGUGGUAUAUUUUGUUUGUUGUCCAAGACAACCCCUUCCAAAUGUCCAUCUAUUGAACAAAAUAUAUAUCACUUGCCGUGAGAAGUGAAGUUUAUUUUUAGCUCAAUCCCCUCCCACCUCAUUGGGUCAAACUUGAGUCAUGCAAUGUAAUUCUAGCUUUUAAGUCAAUUAAUGAAUUCUUACUGAAUGUACUCAUUCUGAAAAAAAGAAUUAAUUCUUUGAUCUAUUUUUCUUUUAAAUUCUUAGUUUGUUAAUGAAAUCGUGGCCUUCUUAGGUUGUGGAUGUAAAGUGUCAUUUGACUGGCAAUAUGUUCUCAUAAAUAAACAACAUUGUUUAGUGAGAUUUUUUAAUUAUAAAUAAUGGAGAAUUACGGUUCAAGUGUCCACUGCGAAUUUAUUUUCCUUCAAGUUCAUGCAGUAGAUUGUUACAGUUUUUUUCCAUUAUGUUGGAAAAUUCUUUCAUUAUUUUCAUAUGUAUCUUUGAUGCAAAAUCCCAGAUUUCAAAAAAAGUUUGAAUAGACGAGAUUUUUUUCCUCUAAGGCAACAAAAUUUAUUUACGUAAUUUUCUAAGCUACGACUUUGGUGUGUUUACAAAUAUAACGACGGAAGAUUCUAUCCCGUAAACCCCCAUAACAAAACAGAUUUGCAUGGAUAAAAAACCGUAUUGGUCUCCCGGGCAGGUGUCUCCUAGCGAUAUUCAACGACAGGUAGAUAAGUCAAUAUAGCAUAUGAUAAUUUCUGGCAGAAGUGUUUAAAUCGGAUGCUACUGUAUCAGGAUGUUAUUUCAAGAACAUCACUACAGCGAUUUCAUCUUUCGAUAAUGCACGCAUGGCGGCAAGAGCUUUUCAAGAAAACUGCAGCGAAAGCACAGAAGAUGAAGAGAUCGCGAGGAUUUUACGUUGGGCCGCAACAAUGUAAUAUUCUUAUUUUACAUUUUAGCUGUUAAAUUGAUUUGAAUUUCAAGGAUUGAUUUAACGAUGAGGCCGUUUUUGAGUAAACAGAGCUUCAGCCAGUCGUUUGUUAUUUUGAGGGAGUGCAAUGUGUUGUAAGACGGGAGCAGUUUCGUUUCGAGUCAGAUUCUGAUUACUAUACCUGUUGUGUUCUGUUUUUGUUUCAUGUGGUUCUGUGAUGGUAUCAAGACGGCUCAAUGUAUCUUUGUGUCUUUUGUUAAAGUCAACAAAAAUAGAAGCUCGACUUUGCUUUUGUUUUUGCCGCUAUCAUGAUUCUUGGGUCGGUAAUGGUUAAUAGAAAGCAAACGGCAAAGAUCACUUUCAUUCGAUUUCUCUCUUGUUGACCUGUGUCCGUAAUAAUGGUAAUCAUUGAUUAUAAUCGCUUCUAUUUUUCUCUAAAAGAUUGUAGGCUUAUGUUAAUUGUAAAAUUGUAUUUUCAAAAUCUUGAAAUAUUGGAAGUGAUUCAUGUUAUGUUUAUGUAACACAGAAUCGUUCUUUUAGUCGCUACAUCAGUGAUGAGUCGAGUUAAAACGUCUUCAAAUCCUGGAAAUUUAUCCUUAUUUCAAAUGUUUUUCAUUAACAUAACUGGGCAUUUUACAUAGCUAACACAUUUUAUGAAGUGAUUUUAAAGAGUAUUUUCACACAGGUUUUUUAACCUGCCGUACCCUAGGAGUUUUUUGAAAGUGGUGUUAACAAAAUUGUGGGGCGAAACGAUUAUUUCUCAAAACUGUAUAGCGUCUUGAAUCGCCUUUUACAUAUCAUGAUUUUAAAGAGCGCUUAUUUCUUUUAAUGAUUUGUGAUUUGCUUGUGGUUUUGAUAAAAAGGGAAUAGAUACAGUGGAAAAAUGGGAAAGUAUUACUUUUAUAUGACCUAUAGUUAGAACCCAAGAUUUAAUCAUUUUACUGUAAAUCCCGUUUUUAAAACUAAGUUGUCAUAUCCUCAAUUUUUUUAUUAUCUUGUCUCAGCUUCUCUUCACAGUGAUUGAAUAUGUAUAUCGGAAAUUCUUCACGAAGCAUGCCAUUCAAUAUAAAGUUGUUUUUAACAGUGUUUUUUUCUCUGUUGUUUGUUUGCCUCCCCAAGGUGGAGUUUAUUCGCAAAAUUGAUAAUUUUAUUUUUUUGACUUCCAAUAUCGCAUUUAAAACUGCGAACUGAUUUUUGACAUUUUUGUCGUUGGUCUUGCAGAGAAGGGAACAGCACAGACGAUGCUGCGGAUUUUGAUGUGAAUUCCGUCGGAAGAGAAGACGAAUACAAUCGCAGAUUUUCGCUGGGUAAGAUCAAGUUGGUUUUUCCGUUCGUAUAACGUUCAGUUGUAAUGAUAAUUGCAAAAUCGUUUAAGACGCUAAACGUUGUCGUAGUGACUUCCUUUCGUUGCAUUAUUAGUGACGGUGAUUGGGUAAUGAAUUAUUAUUUUGAACCUAUCGCAUGAUUUCAUGUCUUGUUUUAUCCGCAGGUCCGCUUCCAGAUAGCGAUGGUGAAUUUGAGAACAAACAGGUGAAUUAAAAUCUCUUAUUAUAAACCAGUGUUGGCUCCUUUACAGCGAUUUUCUCCGCUUUCUGUUACAUCGCUUACGUAUACCUCUAUUAUAAUCCUAGUCGGACAAAACUAACACUUAACAUAUUCAAAUUGAAUGUCAGUUUUCGCGUCGUAGACGUUUUUAAAUUAUUAGCUGGUGCUUUCGUGCUGUGUCGAAUUUAUUACAAAAUGACAGUUUUUAAAGUAAUCUGAAUAUUCUUGGAAAGCCUUCCGUUAAGAUGUCGAGUCAGUUGACUUUCAUGUUUUUCAUUAUCCAACGUAUAUUGUCACUUUAACCGUUCUUUGUGUGGCGAUAUUGAUUAUGUGAGAGAAUUUUUUAAGCGGAAUUACUGUCUGUUACAUGUGGUUUUGCAUGCAUCAUAACAUUAGAAAACUGACCAAUCAUCUGUCAUCACCUAGUGCGUUCUAGGGGAUUUUGUCUUGAGACGUGUGUAAAAAUUACCUCAAAUUGCGUAAACAAACUUUAUUCAAAUUUCUUUAUCGCUCUAUCAAAAUAAUCGAAAAUGAUUCGAGAGCCGGGCCAAUACGACUGUUCACUGUAUUGAGUUGUUCUUUUGGCGUUUUCGAGUCGAAAGGGCCAGUGCGGUCCAACACAACGGCAAAUGUUUGGAAUAUGGUACUCGAAAGCCGACUGAAUCUUACCACGAAACGUGCUGAGUUAAUUUGACGAAAAUUUGGCAGAGAAUUCCUGGCAAUAUUGAGAAUCGAAGCAUCAGAGUUUUUCCUUUUUGGUUAUGGAAUGGUUUGGGAACGAAGGAUCACUAGAGGAGUUUUAUUUGGUUCUCUUGGAUGGAAGAUUAGAAUAUUCGGUGAGCGCUGUCGGUGAUUUUAUGCUACUAGCGUGGCAUAAUUAGUGGUGAUUAAAAUUAGAAGUUACGCUUUGUUACUCUUUCGCCAAUCUAACAUCAAUUAAGUAUAAGACUAUUCAUAUAAAAAAAAAAUGCGGAUAAUUUUGUUAUCUUCCUGUUUAGGUAAUACUACAAAAUUUUCUGUCGUUUUGUAUCAGUGAAAACCACUGUUGAGGUGGUUUUGCGAAGAAUUCAGAUCAAUUCCUAUAUCAUAGGCGAAAAUCGUGGAGCAGGGGAAACCUGCCAAGUAUAUUUUGCUAUUUUAGGGCAUACUACAUUAUUUUGGAAAGAAUUCGUUAUGUGUGCCAUAAACGGAGUUCUAUUUUUGUUUUCUAGGGGCUUGGUGACCACGCCGAACCCUUGGACCUUCAAGAGUCUGGCUACUUCGCAUCCGAAUCCAUGAGCGUUCAGGACCCUGCGUCUGAACCUCUAGAGAGUCAGUAUUUUGCCAACAGUCAAGGGCCUUAUGACAGAUCACGAGGAAAUUCUUUACUGGCAACAAGGUACAGACGGUUUUUUCCUCAAUAUGAAUGGACUCCGACCCGUUUCCAUUCAUAUGGGAUUUAUGCCAAAUCAUGUUCUAUUAAAAAGGGAACACGCGUUUCUUUCUGUUGAAAAGAAACAAAGCAAACACAUUUAUAAAUUGACGAAGCCGUAUUUAGUGAAGAUUCGUUUGCCUCAUUUCCAUGGAAAACAAGCCCCAAGGAAUGUGUGCUUUUGGCCUUGAAAAGAGUAGUGUGUUCACAGUCCCCUAUUUUUCCAUAAGACCGUCGAGAUCGAAGACCCCGACACCCGCCCCCUCGGUACAUUUAAAAGCCAAGAUGGCCGCCAUUAACGGUGAGACGCGCGGUACCUCGACGAUCUCACGGAAAAAUAGGGGCCUGUAUGAAGUUUAUAAAAAGAGGAAUUUCGGGUCUUUUUGUAAUCGCAUUUCCCUAGCCUGUGUACAAACGUCCCCCCUCCCUCAGAAAAAAUCGGGAGAAAAAAAAUCACGAUUUUUUCUGAGGGAGGGGAGACGUCUGUACACAGGCUACAUUUCCCCCCUCCCCUAUAUUGCGAAGUUUGUAUCAGUGGAGAGUAUUUUAAGAAACUAAAAGCGGUGGUAUUCUUGGCAGGAACAAGGUAACUCGGAAAUUCGUCGUUGACUUGCUUGAUGACAUUCGUAAAACUGAUUGGACAAGAAUCGAAAACCCGUGGUUAAGGUUUUUGAGGACACCAGCGACCCUAGCCUGCGAACAGCCGACGCAUUUCCAACUUAGCGACGACCGGAAAUGCCUCGGCUGUUCGCAGGCUACCGCGACACUUGUGUCGUGCUGUAAUAAGAUGUAAAGAUAGUCAAUGAGACAGUGCUUUCCUUAGGUCAGACAGCAAGUGUACAAGAAUACCCGCUAUUCUAUAUUGAAUUCUGUCAAUAACGUUCUGUUUCUUUUUUUAUCAGCCCCCGUCGGUUGUCCGUCUCUUCCACUGCUGGCCAGCGUUCACGAACCGGGAGUCACGUGAGCCGUUCCAACACAGCAGACGUUGACUCACCCCCUCCUCCCGAGGACGAAGGUGACAACGAUUUAGCUUCUUCUAGUCUUCCAUCCCCCCANGUCCGUCUCUUCCACUGCUGGCCAGCGUUCACGAACCGGGAGUCACGUGAGCCGUUCCAACACAGCAGACGUUGACUCACCCCCUCCUCCCGAGGACGAAGGUGACAACGAUUUAGCUUCUUCUAGUCUUCCAUCCCCCCAGACCUCUCCUGGUAGUACCAGAUCCCCUCGAGCUUACUCCAGCCCCGUGCAAACUAAUGUGAAUGGCAUACCCCCUCCAUCCCGACGCCAGGACAGUCACGUGAGCGAAGACAAUAGUAAACGCUCGCGGGAAAGCUCAAGAGCAUCUCGUUUACCGCGAUCUAGAUCCGAUCAGGAUGGUUUGCGUGACCAUGGUGCUGCUGCGAACCCUGACGGCACGUUUGUAGAACGUGAUCGUGCCCCUAGCAAUCGCAGUCUGCCACGUGAAGCAUACGUGCCCCAGGACACUCGAGGCAGGCGAAGCAAUUUGCGUGAUCCUCCGUGGAGCGCGAAUGAGUCACACGAAGAAAACGCACGCAGACCAUCGCGUGUUGUCCAUGGUCGUCCUUUAAGGGCCAGUGUCUCAGGCGACAGUCGUGUUUCGACUCCCCUGUUCCUUCCUGAUGGAGCUCCCCGACCGAAAGAAACUCAGCGAAGGGGCAAGCAACGCAACCCGACCGCUGACUCCGAAAGAGGCUUUGACAGCGGAUUUUUUGGUUCGGAGGGGAGUCGGAUUUCUCGAGGGCACGAGUCGCCCGAUAUCCGUCCGACAUUUUAUCCCGAAAAUAAACUUCGGGUCGCUCCUUUGCAAGAACACUCUGCUACAGAAACGGAGGACGACAGGCUUCAUACGACCGUUCCCAAGCAUACUCCGAAGCUGAUACCCAGAAAUAGGGACCAUAGACGGCGACGAUCUUCUCUCCAAUCUUUGUCUGAAAGCGAAGAAGAUCGUGCCCUUGAAACAUCACACGCUAAACCUCCAACGAGGACACCCUCGUCUCAACGAGAACGGAGGAGUCAUCGGCACGCUCUGACUCAUCCUGCCCCUCGGUCGGAUAACGAAGGACAACGAAGACUUGACGACUCUUUACGAAGACACGCGUCAACUCCGAGCUUAUACGAUGACGGUGCGGGAGAUAGAUCUGAACAAAUCGGAAGAGGCUCAAGGACUCCAACCCGUCAUGAGAAGGCGUCGACUCCAUUGAGGAGCACUGGUAGGGAGUGUUUUUAUUCUACCUAUUUAAGGGUUCCUGUCUUCACUCGUUGUUCUGCCGAAUGAACCGUGCAAAUUUUGAAUUCGCCAAAUGUCAGCGCCAGCUGCUCGGUCCGUCGACCUCUUUGCAUUCUGAAUGCCGGUGCUUUCAAAGUUACUCGAAACUUUUCAAUACUCUCGAAAACUCCUUUUAUCUCCGUCUCAGAAAUUAAACGUUUUUGACACGUUUAUUAAAAACGACUCAAUCUUACGAAAUAUAUUUUUUUACUUUCACAGUGUGGUUCUGUGUUGUGUCAGUUUAUUGUUUUUUUUACCGACUUUGAAUCUGAAUUUCAUUAUUUCAAUCAAACCCCGUACACGUCCCCUUUAUGGUCUUUUAAUUCCAUUAAAGUACCAGGUUAAAAUCUGCCAUUUUCUUUCAGUAUAACUUAAGUCCUUAUUUUUAAGAAAAACAUGUUACGCUCAGUGUGCUUUUAAUGUCUUUUGAUAACCUGCAACCGAUCAAGGACAUCAUCGAAAUCUGAAUAAGAAAAUGGUGAUUAACGAGCUGUGUUUUUCCCUUUUGUUUUAGAAGCAAGUCGAUUAAUUACUGAAAAAGCUAGGUAAACAGUUACAGCUAUUGUGUGUGGAGAAUUUAACUUAAUUUCCGUUAAUUCUCUAAAUUUUACCAUUUUGGAUUAAUAAAGCCAUUACCUCCUCGCGAAAGAAUGAGCAAAAUUGAAAUACUAGUAUCUUACGGUUUCGUCUAAAAAACGGACUUCUAUUCUCGGUUAAAAUUCCCGUAAAUAUGGCGUGUUUUCUCCAUAUUUUUGCGAAAGAAACUGAUAUUUUGAUAAACAAAGUUGAUAUCCCGCCAUUAUGCGGUCUAUUUUUCGUUUGAACGUUUCUUGGCGUGUUUAUUUUAUUACGUAUGGGCGCAUUCAUUUACAUCUUAUCUUCCAAUGUGUCGGCUGGGUCACUUAAACAUCUUAUCCAAUAACCGUGUGGAUAGAAUCCUUUUAUGAUCCUCCUAUGAAUCCAAGUCUCGCGUUCUUAAUCAACAGACUGUUUCGUUUCGUGAUCGCGACACAGUGCACAUGUUGCAAAGAAGCUUCAUCAAAUAUUACGGUAUUUUGAUUUUCGUGCAAAUGUUUGUCACUUUUGUCAUAUAACUCACUAACUAGACCGAAUUAACCUAGGAGGUUCGCCUUAUUUGGAGACUGGUCGAGGAAGACAUUGGUUUUUGUUCCUAGGUAUAUUUUUGGACAUUUUAUUUGACAGCGAACCAAUCAAAAUCGAAAGAUGGAUAUUUAUUUCAUGGUUAGAUACUUCUUUUGAUAUGUGUUAUUUCACAACGCUCAUGGCUAAUAUCUGCUCGUAAUAUAAGAAUGUUUUGUACUGUGACUAAUGCCUUGAUAUGUUCUUUAUACGAGAGGGUCUUUUUGGAGGUAACGCUUUGAUUCACUUCAAAUCCAUCUGCUUGGCACUAAUCUAAAGAUUAUGUACUCUUAAAUUAAUAAUACAUAGGCGUCUAACGAUAUUAGAACUGUUAGCAAGGUUAUUAGUAAAGAUAUUUAGGUGGAUGUGUUGAAGCGAUAAAGAAAAGUAAUGAUGGAUUUCUUUCGAGGUACUGCUUUUGUAAGUCGCGUGUGCAUUCUGGUUCAUUAAGAAAUCACUUGCUUUAUUUUCCAACGGGUAAAAACUCUGUUUAGACAUUCUCGUUUGUCUCUGUGAACUAAAAAUCAAGUUAUAAAAUUAAAGACUAUAUGUCAUGUUUUAUGAACCCACCUUUCAACCACAAUAUACACUAGGAAGCCAAACCUACAUUUCUAAAAUCUUGAAAUGAAACAUUACUUUAUAAACGGAAAGUCGAGCCUGUCAGUGCUUAUGGUUGUUUUUGGCUCUUAAGUUUAUCUUGUUGUGUCCUUAAAAAUAGUAAUGCCGGGGUCGGGCACAUACACUGGACGCGCAAAUAACCUGGAUAUACAGCCGUGCAAUCUCAUAUGUAGUCAUCAGUGAAGAUGAUAUGAAGUAUAAUUUUCAGUUAUAAGACUCCCUUGAAAAAUAAAAAGGGAACCUCUCCUUUUACUUGUUUACUUUCAUUUUUCUCCGUCACGCUUUCUUAAAACCAUCAACUUUCCAUUUAUUGCGGUUCAAUUGAUAUUUGUUAUCCAUGAAUUUUAAUCCUGGAUGUUGCUUUAUUAAUAUGAUCCCCAAAUAUACUUUUUUAUGUUUGUUUUUAACCUUGGGGCUUAAUCAAAUGUUGUCAACGAAUGAAAAGAAAAAUAGUAAUUUAUCAUCCGUCGUUAUUGCGCUAAUUGGUUUUCCACAACACCAGGUUCACUUGCUUUAACAUUUUAUCGGUUGUGCUAGGCAACAUUUCAGGUGUGUAAAUUAUGUUAAAAGUGCUAUGAAUUACACCUCAACUAUGAUGGUCUUAUGUCGUGUAUAUCUGUGAGUUUCUGAGUUCACAUUAAAGCUUCGAAUCGAUUAAGAACGAUAGAGCCAUGACACAAUAAUGACGAUUCUUGUUGCAAAUUAAAAAGAGAAGAGUCCUUCAAGUUUCUUAUCAGUCCCAAUCUUGCCAAGCAUUUUAAUAAUUCGUGUUACAUUGUAGGUCCGCGAUUAGAACAAACCCGUCCAAUGGAUAAACAGAGCGUGCGCAGUUAUCCCGGAGACCGUGACUCUGUGCGGUCCGUUAGGCGGUCCAGAAGAGAAGACAGCAGCAGCGGUUACAGUGAUAAUGAGAGGAGAUACCGCAGGUCAGUAUGCGCAUUAAACAGACGUCAAAAGAUGUUUUUUGUGCCUAUUUUGUAUAACUAGGUAAUAAUUUUCCUUGCUAAUUGUCUUUCUUUUGAUAUGUAUAUUCUACAGAGAUCCUGUUGACAAAUUGAGGAACGAAUUACAGAGCUUGCAAACGCAACUUCAGCAAGAAACAAACGCACGUGGAAUGCAGGCUCAUAUGUAUGACGAUCUUCGCCGAAGACAUGACGAUCUCGAGCGCGAAAUGGCACGACGGGGAGCCGAGCAACAGAUGGCGAACAUGUACGACAACCUGCAGAAAAAAUACGACGCACUUGCUAGCGAAAUGUCCCGAAGUAGAGAUGCUGCAACAAGUCCCUCGCCAUAUAAUGAUCUUCGACAACGCGUGGAGGAUCUCGCUCGUGAUUUAGGCGAGCUGAAACGAAGAGAAUAUGACAGACCCCCUCCCUCACCUACACCCCAACUCCCACCCCCACAGCCAGCUCCAACACCAACACCAGUAGCACCACCCCCACAGCCUCCAGAUGUUUCUUUGAUGCAGUUUUUGUGUCCAUUCUGUGGAGGGUCUGGAACUCACAGCCACGGAAAUUAUUUCUACCCUGGCUAUUCUGGUCCACCACAGGGAACCCCUUCACCAACCACAGGGACACCUCGACCGCGUCGUCAUACAGAGACGCAGACAACGUACGUGCCGCAAGUUACGAACACCUUCGUCCGUCAUCCAACAACCCCAGCAGCGACGUCCACACCUUACGCACCCUACUACCAUAAGUAAGUGAUAAAGCUCUGCCAAAAGGGGUGGGGAUAAGUUUCCGAUUGUGCCUUUGUCUCUCCCAUGGUCGCGUUCGCGUUAGUGGGGAGAAACUGACUAUCAGACGUUCGGAUUUCCUGUUUGCAUUUUCCUGUAGUCAAUUUAUUUUAGCAAGAUCGCUCUUCCCUUCAGACGUUCCCGCUGCAUGGCAAAGAGGGCUCUACGGGAGAAAGAGAGACGAGGAAGUAGAACAAAGAAUUAUUAUGCCGUUGCGGAACUGUUACGUAGAGACGGCCCCUCUUUUUGGUCAUUUAUUUGAGUUUAAUGAUUUAUGGGCGUCUUACAUGUAUGUCUACUUCACUUGUCACCAACCUUAUUCAAGAUCCUUUUAUUCAUUUUAAAUUUGUUUUGAUUAAUUUGUAACCUGUUCUUUCCUAGCGUGGUUACGUCACCAGUUCAUCAUCACACGCUCACAUAUCCUGGCGCAGCAACCGGAUCUCCCAUAGUUCCGACUACAGUUAUAACCCCCGGUGCCCCUAUGGCACCUGUCGAAAGGAUCACUGAGACUCCCACGGUACAUCAUAUUCAUCACCUCCCAGGGAAUAGGCCCCGCACUCACAAACAUCGUGCUCGUGAAGUCUCGGACAGCGAUGAAUCGGAUAGUGAAGAGGAAUAUACUGUACAAAGAUCUAGGGGGUAAGUUCAUGUAAUUCCUCAAUUUUUGUUUAUUAAAAUGAGUCAAAUCAAUAAACGAACACAUGAAUAUUUACAAGCACAAGCCAAGUGGGCCUGAGCAAAUAGUAGAUAAGUUAAUAGUGCUCAAUAGUGUUGCUGUUGAUGGUGACUGACGUUUCGACAACCUUUGCGGUAGUCAUCUUCAGAGUCUAAGUGAGUUGUAUCACGUCAGUUGAUGGCAUUAAACUCUGGUCGUUGACCUGAUUGAAUGUUCAAUUAAGUCGCGUUGGUAUUGGUCGUCGGUCAGUCAAGCAGUUAUGUUAUUGGCUAUGAAGACUCGAAAUGUCAUUGGUGCGGUUCGAUCCGUCUUUUGUACAGUUUAACAGUCGUUUCUUGUUAGUCACAUUGUCGUUUGUCCACUCAGUCUGUCGUAGUUAGUUUUGCUUGAGUCCCUCAAUAAGUCGUUUGUACACCGCUGGUAACUGUAGGCUUAACACCUGAACAGUCAGCAAAUAGAUCAGAGCUACGGAGCCGUCAUGUUGUUUCGUGUUAUGAAUGUUGGACAGCAAAAAAUGAAUUCUUGCGCAGACUCUCCCUUUAAAACUAUUCUGAAUCUCUCCCCUUUGCAGCAGACAUUCCCGACCUAGAAGCAACCUGGCCAACCGUAGCAGCUUAGGCGGCUAUCAAGGGGAUGAGGUGAGAAAACAGUCAUUUUACAUGUAAAGCCUUGUAUCUGUAGUAUUUACAUCGGGCAGAUCACGGAGGAUAACUCAUUCAGUUGUUUUAGCUUGGAUGUGAAGACUAAGAUUUUGUAAUUGUAAUUUAUUUACCUACGGAGCGCUUAGGAGUUUUUAAGAACUCGUUGAAACGUGUCCGUGUGUUCUAGAUCGAAUUGGAAUUUGGAAGUGUUGGUUUUUAAGCUAAAGGAGAGGGGGAAACCGGAGUACCCGGAGAAAAACCUCUCGGAGCAAAGGAGAGAAUUAACAACAAACUCAACCGACAUAUGGCGUCGACGCCAGGAUUCGAACCCGGGCCACAUUGGUGGGAGACGAGUGCGCUCACCACUGCACCAAUCUUACUUCCCAAGAUGAACUUGGAGAGGGCACCCUCCCCCAUCUGGUGACUGAAAGAUAAUCUCAAUAUUUUCCUUGUCGUAGAGCAAGGAGCCCAAAAGUGUGACCUUAUUCAAUUAAUUCGCAUUCUUUCAUGCAUACAGUAACCAAUCAAAAGUCGAGGACAGUUUUCAGCUGGCCUCUGAUUGGAUUAAAUCUGCACGAAAGAAUGUGAAUAAAUUAAAAGCGGUCACCCUUUUGGGCUCCUUGCUGUAAGUCUCUGAGACAGUUUUACAUGAAGAUAUAAAUCAGAACUAUUCAAAGGGCAGAUUUCUGAUUUGUUUGACCAGUCAUUGAUUUGAUUGAGACAUUAUUAUUUAUUUUUUUUCUUGUUUUCUUUAUUGCAGCUUGAGAGCCAUCGACUUCAUCAGUCACUCGAUGUAGCCAAUAAAGCGGCAAGAAAAAUGCAGCAACUUUCCAAGAGAAUGCUGAGCAACAUCGCAACGGACCUCAUACGAUCGGGGAAAAGAUAGCAUUUUGAUCUAAAUUUAUAUUAUGAUCCAAGCUGUUAUCAAAACUUCCACCCAUCAUAGUUCACCAUUCAGACGCGUGCUUCAACUUGAACCACAAUUUGAAUUUUAGUUGUUAGCCCUCUGGAGCUUUGAUUCUGGUCUCGCUUGGGGAACAAUGUGUCAACAUGGCAGUAAAUAAUUGUUUUAGUUAGAUAGCAGCAACUAAGAAAGUCUUAUCAAAUUUUUAUGGGAGGACGAAAGGCAGCUUUAUCGUUUCACAGCAGAAGGAUUCCAUGGAAAGCACGCCGCAUGUGGUGCCCUUGUAGCCGAGGAACAGCGCAUGCUUCUGUGUCGCCUUAUGUUUCGCUGCUUUCAUUUCCGUUCUCUGUCAGUUUCUAGCGCUUGGUGCUUAGAUUUCCUUAAUUUCGUAAGACUGCACAGCGUACAGAGGAGUUUAGUUAGCCGUUCCCUCCUCCACAGCCUUUCUCUAGGCUUUGUAGACAAGCGAGAAGUGCGAGAGCUGGUGACAAGCGAGAAGCGCGAGAGGAGGGUUAUGGGAACGAGCAUAGAGCGCGAGCGGGGAGUGAUGGGAUGGAAAAAGAGAGAAAAGGGAAACCAGAGGUGGCGUCUUGAAAUGUCGGCUAUUUUCUCAGGCUAGAAUCAACGUCAUGUAUAACUCCUCUGCACCCUGUGGAGACCAGAAACACAGCUCCAGACUAGCUUUUGCCAACACACAACAAUUUGCUUAUCCAUUGGAGGCCAUAAGAGCUUGCAAGUGAAGCAGGAGAGUCAGUUUAAUAUUCCCUCGCAAUAACUCGUUUCGUGGCCCUGCUGCCAGCACUUUGUCAACGCAUUUUGUUUCUUCUAACCAACCUUUUAUGCCUAAAAACCGUGGUUUCACUGUUGAAAAAAAGCGGGUUCAUGGGUGCUCAUUCCAUAUCCAUUUAGACGAUUUGUGCUUUCGCGUGAAUCGUUCGCAAAAGUUAGGUAUCGCUCUUUUUUCGGAAUAGAACAUAACGCAUUGUAAUUCAAACAUGUUGAGGGCAGUGUUUUAUUUUUAUAUUCUAAAGGCAGUAUUAAGUAAAGCGCUUUUAUAGAACUUUAUUUUAUUUAAAUGCUUAUCAUUUUCACUCCAAAUAUACAUUCGUGUUAUUAUAUUUAUUCAUUUAAAGCUAUUACGACGAUUAAUGACGAGUUUUUA